GUGCGUAAAGAGAAGUGGGCGGGGCCGGCCGGUCCUGGAAACCCGCUGCAGUUCUCCGCAUCAUCAUCUCUUGUCAUGUGCCUCUCAGGCUGUCUCUGAAUCCACUGCAGGAAGCUGGAGCUGUUUCCUUCCCCGCUGCGCGCCUCUGCUCCCUGACAGCCGCUCCAGCCGCCCUGCUUUCUUCCUGCUUCUCCGGGUUUCCUCCCCUCGGCUCCGGCCUGGGAGCCAGAGAGGCAGGGCGAACACCUCCUCCAUCUAUCUGUCUCCCCUCAGAGAAACCAAAGAGCUUUUUCUCAUGGAGGCCCCGGCGGAGGAGAAGGAGCCGUCACCGAUGGAGCAGCCCCUGCCUCUGCCCACCCUGAGCCCAGCCGUGCCCCCCUUUGUGACUCUGGGACUGACGGUGGUCUACACCGUCUUUUACUCGCUCCUCUUCAUCUUCAUCUACGUCCAGCUCUGGUUGGUGCUGCGAUACCGACACAAGCGCUUCAGCUACCAGACUGUGUUUCUGUUCCUGUGCCUGCUGUGGUCGGCCCUGCGCACCGUGCUCUUCUCCUUCUACUUCAGGAACUUUGUCACGGCGAACACUCUGGGGCCAUUUCCCUUCUGGCUGCUCUACUGCUUCCCGGUCUGCCUGCAGUUCUUCACGCUCAGCCUCAUGAACCUUUACUUUGCACAGGUUGUUUUUAAGGCAAAGUCUAAAUAUGCACCAGAGCUCCAGCGGUACAGGCUGCCCCUCUACCUCCUCUUCCUGUUCAUCAGCCUGGUGUUUUUAGUCGUGAAUUUAGUGUGCGCCCUGCUGGUGAGGAUGUCCUCUGCAGAAGCUCACACCAUUGUACUUGUGAGGGUCGCCAUCAACGACACGCUUUUUGUCCUGUGUGCCGUUUCGCUCUCUUUGUGUCUUUACAAGAUCGCCAAAAUGUCUCUGGCCAACAUUUACUUGGAGUCCAAGGGGACGUCGGUGUGCCAGGUGACUGUCAUAGGAGCCAUCGUCAUCCUCCUGUAUGCAUCCAGGGCCUGUUACAACCUGGUUGUCCUGGGUCUCUCAAACAAAAGCAUUAACUCGUUUGACUACGACUGGUACAACGUGUCCGACCAGGCAGAUCUACAGUCGACUCUGGGGGACACCGGCUAUGUCGUCUUUGGGGUGAUUUUGUUCGUUUGGGAGCUGCUACCUACCUCCCUGGUUGUGUAUUUCUUCAGAGUUCGAAAGCCCAACCUGGACCGGAGCAGCUCAGGCCUCCCUAGUCACGUCUUCUCAUCCAGGGCGUACUUCUUCGACAACCCAAGACGUUAUGACAGCGACGAUGAUCUCGCUUGGAGCGUCAUGCCUCAGAACAUCCAGGCCAGUCUGGCUGCGGACAGUUAUGAAUGGGGAAGCCAAAACAGCGGUAUAAACGCCUACAUCGGAAGUGAGGACAGUUACAACUUCUCCCGUCCUCCAGAAGAGCUCAGCCAUUACUGAGGGGACGCCGCAGCGACUCCUGCCGGCGUUUCUCCCUAUCUGUAUAUUUUUGCACAUUUUGUCUGUUACUGACUGAGAAAAGACUUUUAUUCAUGAGCUGGAAGAAACUAACAGACUCUUUUCAUUGCCAGUAUAUGAAAGCCCAGAAAUGGGGCAUUACUUUUUUGCACACUUCAUGUACAGAUUAUGAUCUGUUCCUAAACUCUUUCAUUAUUUAGUUGAUUACAGCUUAAUAUAUUUCAUAACCUUUGUAAAAUGUACUGUAAUACUUUUUAAUUCAAUGUUCUGAAUGUGUUUUUUCAUACAGAUGUGUUUAUUAUUAAGACAGAUUCAUUUAACUCAUUAAAAUGUUUAAAUUUCCUUUACUUAACUGAGGGUAGAGUAUAAUCUAUUUUGAAUUCUUACGCUGCAUAGCAGCACCACCUAUUGGUUCUUCAACAGGAUAGCUGAUAUUUAGUUUUUUUUUUUUAAAUUAUGGUUAAAUUUAGUGCUUAAAAUAUAUACAUUUAAAAUAAAAUGUUUUUUUUUUUUUUAUAAGAGACAUGUGGGUUUAUGAUCUGUAAGCUCCAUACAUUCCAGUCUGAUCUAUUCUGAAUUUUCCAAAUCAGGCUUGAAAUGUUCUACAAUCAGUAAAUUGAACAGUUGGUAUAUAUUUAACAUGUUUAAUGUUUGUAUAAACAUUAAAAAAUUAAACCAGACUCAAUCUUAAAACCAUACAAGGUUUUGAAAAUGGGCCCACAAAUCGAUUUAGGUUUGAGCUUUUACCGUAGAAUAGAAUUAAAUUUUAUUGUCAUUACAUUGUCACAAGUACAAAGCAAUGAAACUCACACUGCAUUUAACCCAUCCCAUUGGAGAGCAGUGGGCUGCCAUUGUGCGGUGCCUCACACAGAGACUUUGCUCCCUGUUUAAUCCUUUAUGAUAAAAAAAAACAAUAUCUGGUCAAAUAAUGCGCAGGGAAUUGAAGGGAAAUGUUGCAAUGUAAAGAUAAUAGGAGCACAUUUUAUAUAAAUGAGUAGAAGCAGCACUUUGUUUAGAACUUUUCUAGAAAACUGAAUAAGGAAUAAAAAAAAAAUCUGGAAACUAAAA